AUGUCGAGGAGGAAGAGCUCAAUGGAAGAAGAAUUGAUUCACCGGCAGGCACUGGCCAUGGCAAUUCAGCAACACCAAUUUUCUCAAAGAUUUGAUAACAAUAUUGGAUCCAUGUCUCGGAGGAUUGGAUCCACCAGCUCCCGGCGGCGAGCCACCAAUUUGUCCGACCCGUUUUCAAAUACUAAUACAAAACAGUUACCAGAUUAUUUGGAGAAUAUCGAAACAAAGAAAUUUGUUUUGAUACCUGGAGAAGGAUUUGGAGCUUGGUGUUGGUAUAAAACUAUUGCUCUGCUCGAGGAAGCUGGAUUACUUCCGAUUGCCUUGGAUCUAACAGGAUCUGGCAUUGAUCUAACGGACACGAACAGCAUCACUACACUAUCAGACUAUUCAAAACCAUUGAUUCAAUAUCUGCAGAGUUUACCAGAGGAUGAAAAGGUAAUAUUGGUUGGUCACAGCAGUGGAGGAGCUUGUAUCUCCUAUGCCUUGGAACAUUUCCCUCAGAAGAUCUCAAAAGCUGUGUUCCUUUGUGCUACGAUGAUAUCCGACGGACAGAAACCAUUUGAUGUUUUUGCACAAGAGCUUGGGUCUGCUGAACUUUUCAUGCAGGAAUCAAAGUUUCUAGUUUAUGGGAAUGGGAAAGACAAGCCUCCGACUGGGUUCAUGUUUGAGAAGCAGCAAAUGCACGGCUUAUAUUUUAAUCAAUCUCCUUCAAAGGAUGUUGCUUUGGCAAUGGUUUCAAUGAGACCAACCCCACUUGGCCCUGUGAUGGAGGCAUUGUCUCUCUCUCCCGAGAAGUAUGGAACUGGAAGGCGUUUUUAUAUUCAAACACUGGACGAUCAUGUACUUUCACCUGACGUUCAAGAAAAGCUUGUGAGGGAAAAUCCACCUGAAGGAGUCUUCAAAAUUAAAGGCAGUGAUCAUUGUCCUUUCUUCUCAAAGCCACAAUCACUGCACAAGAUUUUACUCGAAAUCGCUCAAAUUCCAAGCCAACCACAUUCUUGA